AUGUCUUCCAAGGGCAAGCAACUAGUGAUGGAGAUCACCAUCCUCGCAUCAUUUGUAGUAGCCUUGGUUGGCUAUUAUUUGAAUUACAAAGGAAGAUGGAUCCUCAGUCUACUAUGCUACUUGACAUCCGUAUUUAUUCUGUCUGUACCUAUCGUCCUGUACGCUAGUUUCAAGACAAUCCAGUAUUUUAUGCCAUUCAUCAUGAGAUUAUUGACUCGACUCAAUCAACGACUGAUGCCCAUUGCUCGAUAUGUAUCGCAUCAUAAAAUUCUCGGUCCAACCAUCAGCAUCUUCAUCAAAAGUCAAUUUUUCAUGUGGUUCAUGGUCUUGAUGAUGAGUGAUCAUGUCAUUCGAAUCAUUAUGGGUAGAUUUGCAGGGCAACAUGCAUCUAAUCAAUAUCUCUCGUUGAUCAACGUGGGUGAUAAUCGAUUUUUUAAAUCAAUCCACGAAGAGCUGCUGUCACCAACAAAGGAGCAGCAAGAGCAAACACACAAACUGGCCAGCUAUGGAAAGAGUAACCCUGACUUUAAGCGACCUCAGUAUUCGCUGUCUGUCGCACAUGCAUUGUCUGUGGCAAGUAAAUUGGCAUAUGAAGAUGUUGCUGUCGUCAAGUAUGAAUUGGAAAAGGCCGGUUACGAUGUGGAGCAUACAUUCAAAGCGAUAGGAUACAAGAAUGUUUGCGCUUACGUUAUAGAAAAGAACAAUGAUGUUUUGUUGGUCUUUAGAGGAACAAACCCAUUGAAUAUUCAAAACUACGUUACCAAUGUGGACGCUGGAUUAGCCAAGGUAUCCUCACCAAAAUACUACAUGGGCAAGGUACACAAAGGGUUCUGGGACGCCAUGGGAGCAACAGAAGCCAUUGAAUCAUCGCGGCCCGCUCAAGAGUCAUCCUCUGAAGCCGACAUACACAUCAAUUUGAGCAGUGCUUCGCUCUAUCAGUCAUUUGCCACGUCUGUAUUUGGCAUAGUGCGUAUCAUCAAAGCACUUUCAUUCAAUAUUUUUGCCAAUGUGCUAGAUCCCAUUGACGCUAGCUGGGCUGGACACAAUUCAGCCAUCAUCCGCCACCAAAGCAUGUAUAGACAAUCAGAGGAAUACAUUUUAGAGCUCUUUAAAAGUGCAGCUGUGAUGGAUGUAGGCAAGAAAAAGAGGUUCUACAUUUGUGGACAUUCCUUGGGAGGCGCUCUCGCCACCGUAUUUUUGGCCAAAAUGAUCCAGAAGGAGAGCCCUUUGUUAGAGUAUUUUGAAGGGCUGUAUACUUAUGGACAGCCAAACAUUGGAGAUAAAGAUUUCAGCAAGGCCUUCAACCAAGACAUUACUUGCAAAAUCUUUAACCAUGUGUACAACAAUGAUAUUGUGCCUCGCAUCCCUUAUUGGUACAGUCCACCACCAGGCACCUUGGUGUUCAUAGACUCGUCUUACGAGAUAUCCAUAUACCCACCAAACCAAAAGACGCAAGAGCCCAUCCCACUUCGAGGCAUCUCUUAUCUCCAUCUCUCUGGCUUACUCAACAAACAUGUCAUUAUGCGAUUGAGAUUAGAGACGUCCAUUCGCAUCCUGUUCCGCAUCUUGCUUCCCUUCUUUAUCAACGACCACUUUCCUUCAGACUACAGCGAUGCUCUGCUGUCAGCCGACAUCAAAUGGGUUAUUUUAGGCGAAAAUGAAGCAGGCAAUGAGGAGCAAGAUCAGGAGAAGCCAAUGUCUACUUCCAAGCGCUAUAGCCUACAGAUUGCGCAAGAAGAGGAGGGGAUCAUGUACUGA